UGCAAGGUGGUUCUCACCAGAUGAGCGUCUUGGAUCUUUACACGUGUUCCAGUGUUGGCACCUGCGAGCUGCGAGUGCACCUUGAGUCUCUCUCUCCUCUUUUUAUUUCUACACUCACAGCUAAAUUUGAAAAGCUCACACGCCAUCCUUGCAUCUCCCUCAAAAUCGAGGGGGAAGUUACAAAAUCUUCUUUUUACUUUUUUCCAACAUGUGGAUAACAUGAUCUACGGUUACAAUCAAGCCAAAAACCAUGGCCCACAGACAAACGAGAAUUGCAAGAACCUUACCACCCAAAUCCCAUUUUCAUGUGUAUAUAUCAGGAACACCAUUUUUCGUUACUUAAAAAACUGAAAAAUAAUGCUUACUCGCUGGCUAGUUCUCGCCACCUUCCCCUUUAUUGCACUCUUCCUUUUCCUCUUCCUCUUCUUCUCCUACAACAUCAGUACUAAGACUACUACUCUAGCUUCCUAUGGCAAUGCCAUGGUUGUCCCUCCAGCCCACCCGCGGCCCGCUUUCAGCCUUUUGAUUGGUAUCCUAACCCGGGCUGAUUACCAUGAGCACCGCCACUUCCUCCGUCUCCUCUAUGGCAUCCAAUCUUCUCCCAUUGCUGAAUUCGACGUGAAGUUCGUCUUUUGCAAUCUUACCAAGGUCGAGCAACGUAUGCUCAUCGCAUUGGAGAUUAUCCGGUUCAAUGACAUUAUCAUCCUCAAUUGUUCUGAGAACAUGAAUUCCGGGAAGACAUACACCUACUUCUCUUCUCUACCCCACAUUCUCUCCCGCCAAUAUGACUACGUCAUGAAGGCUGAUGAUGAUGUUUACCUAAGGGUAGACAAGCUGGCGGCUUCAUUGAAGCCGUUGGAGAGGACGGAUUUGUAUUAUGGCUUUGUCAUCCCUUGCACUAGCCAAAAUCCGUUUGUCGAUUACAUGUCUGGCAUGGGAUUCGUGUUGUCGUGGGACCUAGUUGAAUGGAUAGCUGAAUCGGAUAUCCCAGCCAAUGAUACGGUGGGGCCUGAGGAUAAGUUGGUUGGGAGAUGGUUGAAGGUUGGCAACAAGGGGAAGAACAGGUUUAGCGAUAAGCCAGCAAUGUAUGAUUAUCCUGGGUCAAAUGGGCAGUGCUCGCACGAGCUCAUACCAGAGACAGUGGCAGUACACCGGCUCAAGAGGUGGGAUAGAUGGUUGCAUGUUCUAAGGUUCUUCAAUGUGACCAAGGAGCUUAAACCCUCUAAGCUUUACCAUUUUGAUUGA